AGCGCCCGCGUGUCGUGUGGGGUGGCCGCUCGUGGUAGACGGGGACGCGAGAGCGACAAAGCUGAACAAGUGACCCAGGACGCCCGUCCACGGACUGGCCAGCUGACUGCUGCAUGAUUUCGAUGUCGCUGGGUGCGCUGGUGAUCCCUGUGGACAUGGAGGUCUUCAGCCUCUCCUCGUCUCCGGUGUUGUCGUCGUCGCCGCGGCUGGGCGCCGACUUCCUGUCGUCGUCGCCGUUGCUGGGGGCGGACUUCCUCUCCGAGCUGCACCGUCCCGGCCGUCCGUGGGGCGAGCCGCGUGGCAACAUCUUCAGCCGCCUCAGCUGCCAGCGCCGCUCGCCGGCGCCGCCCUCCGACGACGAGGACGAGGACGAGGACGAGGACGAUGAGGACGAUGAGUCGCCGGGCGUGGGCCAGCCCCGCUCCAUCCUGGUGGUCGGGCGCGACGGCGUCGGAGCCGGUGCCGGCCCCAAGGACAAACGCGUGGUGUUCGCUGACGACCGAGGCAUGCCGCUUGUGCAGGUUCGCUGGAUGCGGGAGCCGUCGCACAUGCCUCCGCGCUGGACGGCGCGCUUCCUGCGCCAGGUGACAGGCGUGGAGUCGCCGCCGCCGCCCAGUCAGCGGCCCCGCUGGACGCUCGACUUCGCCCAGCCGGCGGCCGACUACACACGCUUCUGCGAGCGGCUCGACGCCGCCAACGUGGCGCUCGAGCACGCCGUCUACAAGGAGCUGGAGGACCGCGUGGCCGGCAGCAUCAAGGUCAAGAACCUGCACUUUGAGAAGCAGGUGCUGGUGCGUGUCAGCGAAGACGGCUGGCGGACGAGCCGCGAUGUCGAGGCGACGUACGUGCCGGCGGCCGGCGGUGGCGCCGCGCUCUACGACCGCUUCGCCUUCACCCUGCCGCUGCCGGCGCGCGGCUCGCGCGUCACCUUCUGCGUGUGCUUCCGCGGCCCGGCCGGCGAGUUCUGGGACAACAACAACGGCCACAACUUCAGCGUGAGCCGGCAGAAGCCGGCGCCGGCGGCGGGCACGGUGCGCGACAUCUACCGGGCGCAGGUCGACAACUGGUCGUCCUUCUCCAGCUGGAGCGACGAGUUCGGCGGCGGCCCGUACUGGUGACGCUUGGCUCGGGCCGCUCUGGGAGACUCGAGAAGCCUGCGCGCCCCUGGCGGACGGUGAGGAAGGCAAAGAACCGCAGAGGGACCGCGCAGGACCGCGGAGGACGCCGGGCCGCGCCGCUGACCAGUGCUGCCCUCGCUGGAUGCUGGCGAGUCCUGCCAGCACGAGCUCAUGAGGGGAGAUCGAGGCGGCGCGAGCGCGAGACGCACCGGUCUCGCGCCACCCCCGCGGCGGCGGCGCGACGGGAGCUCGCGCCGGCCGGGCGCGGCCCUCUACACAGAUCUGGUGGAUCCGUCGUGCAAUACGUAACCGGCGCGGGAGCGGCGUCAUGUGCUGUGAGGCUCACGUCCAGCCACGGUGGCGACGCGCCGGCCGGGCAGUUCCGAGGGAGGAACGCGUGGGGCGCGCGCCGCACGUAGGUGUCUGGCGGCCGUGCCAGCUUACGGCAACGGAACCCCGCCACUGUCACGUCCACUCAUACUUUUUGCUGCUCGAGGUGUGGUACUGUCCCUCCGAAUAGCUGCGUAUCGUGGCGUUUGCCAAGAGUCGCAGGUAAACUCCAUACAUGACGUCAGCGAUGCGUGUAUAUUGUAUAUUGCAAAUGUCUUGCCAGAGUAGGAGGUCGUCGUGUUGUACAUGGGGUGUAGGGUAAGCCUGGCUGCUUGCGCUGCGCUAAAUACAGCGCCCCUGCGGUAAGACCCCUGUCUGGGUAAGCGGUGUUUUGUAGAAGGUUGACUUGUUGAAAUGUACAUUUAUGUGGCUGUUGCCGUCAGUUUGUUCAUGCGUGUCAUGGACAACGGUCAGGACGUAUUCGUGGCGAGACAGUUUUGUCCGAGCGUGCCGAGCGGGCCGGAAGUACGAACAGUUGACGUAUGGAUCUGAUGCCACAUACCAGAUCUGCUCAGAAUGAUUUUGUGUUGUGCCAUGAAUAGGCCCGGCAAGUCGUUCUUGCCCAAGCGUCGGUCCAGUAUCCGGGCGAACCGACACUGUCGCUGCUUGGGUGCAAUAUAUCGAAUUGUGUAA